CUCUGCUGUGCUCCGUCUCCCUCCUUCCUCGUCUGUCUGUCGCAUUUCAGCGCCACAGCAGAGCACGGAGACCCCCGGGGGUCGAAGGUUUCUGCCCUUUCCACCUCUCCAGUUCCCCCCGUCCAAAAAAGAAGCCCUCUCUCCGUCACCGUCGACCUGCACGGACCGGCAGACCCGCCAACAUUUGGAGCUCGCGGGGGAAAAGGUCGUUUUUUUAGGGGGGGAAAAGGCAAAACAUCGCUGAGGGAAAGAAGAAAGCGAGGCACAAAAGCGGUGAGCUUGGGGCUCAGGUGAGGUGAGAGCGGCGGGUGUUGGAGGAUGCCUGCAGUGCCGGACAGACCUGCUGCUCACUGACCUGCCCAUGCCCCAGCCAGCGGAGCCAUGGCGCGCAAAGGCUCCUCCCAGGGGAAGGUGACCAUCUCCGUGGAUGAGUACAGCUCCAAUCCCACACAGGCCUUCACACACUACAACAUCAACCAGAGCCGCUUCCAGCCCCCUCAUGUACACAUGGUGGAACCCAUUCCUUACGAUGCUCCUAAGCCGGCGGGUCAUACGCGUUUUGUCUGCGUCUCGGACACGCACUCGAGGACAGAUGGCAUCCAGAUGCCGUACGGCGACGUCCUGCUCCACACGGGUGACUUCACUGAGCUGGGGCUGCCGUCGGAGGUGAAGAAAUUUAACGACUGGUUAGGCACUCUCCCCUACGAGUUCAAAGUGGUCAUUGCUGGAAACCAUGAGCUGACGUUCGAUAAGGACUUCAUGGCUGAACUGGUCAAGCAGGACUACUAUCGCUUCCCCUCCGUGUCCAAGCUGAGGCCCGAGGACUUUGAUAAUGUUCAGUCACUCCUUACGAACUGCAUCUACCUGCAGGACUCUGAGGUCAUGGUCAAAGGAUUCAGGAUAUACGGGACACCAUGGACACCCUGGUUUAAUGGAUGGGGCUUUAACUUGCCUCGCGGUCAGUCUCUGCUAGACAAGUGGAACCAGAUCCCUGAGGACAUAGACAUUCUUAUGACCCACGGGCCUCCUUUGGGGUUCAGGGACUGGGUGCCUAAAGAGCUCCAGAGAGUUGGCUGUGUGGAGCUUCUCAACACGGUACAGAGACGGGUCCGACCCAAGCUCCACGUCUACGGGGGGAUCCAUGAAGGGUAUGGCCUCAUGACAGAUGGAUUUACAACAUUCAUCAACUCUUCAACAUGUACAGUCAGUUUCCAGCCCACCAACCCACCAAUCAUAUUCGACCUUCCCAACCCUGGAAGCUCUUGAAAUUCCCCCUGAAUCAGCCACUUUUUUCUACUUUACAACUCUUCUUAUCUUUAAUGUUCCUUUUUGUACUGCUUGUAUUUAAAAAAAAAAAAAUGAAUGCAUGGAUAUGUAAUAUUUUUAAAAAGUUUAAGAUCAUGCCAUUUGAAUAAUGAUUUGCUGGAAAAAGAAAAAAAAAUGUGGAUUCAUAUUUAUGGCUCAUUUGUAUUGGUUGCCUUGUUCAGUUCCUUUUAGCCUGGAUAUGAAAGUGCAUUAUAAAAAGGUACCCUGAACGGCUCAGCAAUACUUGACUGUUUUUUUACUGUGUUCUGCUUAGUAAACUCAGCAUGGGAUCAAAUAUUUGAGGCCAUCAUUUCGAUCCUGUGCAGUUUUAGAGCUGAAGCCAGUGUUGGACAUUAAUUUGAGGAUUUACAUUGCUAAAAUCUCUGUAGUGACACCCAAGACUCUUCAUGGUUUAAUAUAUUUAUUGUGCAAUCAAACACAUUGCUUUUAUCCUGUCAAGAGAAUGCAUCUUGUUUGUAAAGCAAGCCAUGCGCCACCCUCAGAAACGUUUAUUCCCACUGUAUAUUUGGAGGGGAAUGGAUUAAGUGACAAGGUACUUCAUGAGGCAGAAGUGAUUUAGGGUUAUGGACUUGUUGAGUUCUAAUGGAACAGUUUCUUGCAUUUUUAUUUCUGCGUUGCUUGUAAUACGUCAUAGCAGUGCAGUGAGUGUAACAUUUCCAUAAGGUCAGAUUUUCUUUGUGAUUAGACCUUCAGGAAUACAGUUGUGUUCAGAACACACAUUUCUACGAAGGCUCCAUGUGUUAAUUUGGCCAAAAGCUGGAGGAGAUGUUUACAGUCACAAUGUGCCAGUUAAGUUGAUAUGAUUUCCCUGAUUCCAAUUUGGUGGACUUUAGUUGGGUCGUAAUUAAUGUGUUUGUUGUAUUUUGCACUGUUUGGACUUGCAAUCUCGCUAGCGCACAGAAAAAAAGCUAUUAUAUUGCCAUGAGAUGUCAUUGGUGCCAUUGUAAAUGCUUCGUUUUCAUGUUCGUGAGGCUUUUUUUAAUAUUCAUCAUGUCAUUUAGCCAACUUUAUAUGCAAAUAAAACUGCAAGAUUUUUA